UCCGAGCGCUCGGAAUUUGCCAGCUAGCACUUUUUUUGCCCGGUCUCAAAACGAUCGAGCAGCAGAUUGCUCAACUGUAUCCGGUGUCGUCACAUCCGCACUGCAACGGUGGCGACUGCCCUCAUUGGCCCGCAUGUUGAAAUCACGUGGUUUAGCAGACGACAGAACUCGAAGACUUGCGACCGCGACGCCCCUAGCGUGAUCCAAGUACCUAAAACCGCUAUAUUCCUAGCAAUCAUGUUCCGGUGGCAACGGUCACGUGAUCCAGCUCGGUCGCCGACCUAGCAAUUUCCGAGCGCUCGGCCGUUUCGCUACGACAUGACCACCCGAAUUCGCUAUAACUGUUCGCAACUAUGUGAUCUUUUUCAGUAAUUUGAAUCUAAAGCCGGAAGAAGACGACGACGUGUUACUGAACAUGUGCUGAACCGUAUUGAGUGAGCAGACCAAGGAACCAUCCCAAAUACAGCAUCGGAAGGCUCGUCGUGCGUUCUCACCUCCCAAGAACGAUGCGGACGUUUCGACCACAGCGCUUCCAAUGAAGUUUGACGCCAUCUGCCUUCGUAGCUAUUCAACAUGUACAGCUGAAUUUGUUUCCCACAUACCGCCAGUGGUGAUUCCCGAAAGCAGACGGAUGAGCGGCCGCUUCCGAUUUACGAAAUGGGACCCUGUGUUGAUAAUAGCGCAGAUGGUGGCGUUACAGAGCCUCUUCUACGUGAGCCUCUGCAGCUGCAUGGCUCUCACGAACUUCAUCGCCGGAGAAAAUUACUCUGUUAGUCAGCUGUUUACGUAUCAGGUUGCUUUUAUUUGGAAUUUGCGUUCAAGAUGCGUGGUAGCUGCGUACAUUAUAACUUCUCUUGUUGGAGCUUUGGGCCUGUGGUACUUCGUGCAAAGAGCGAAGUUAUGCCUGGACUUCUCGACCACUACGCACUUCUUCCACCUAUUGUGUUGCUGGGCCUACAACGGUACCUUCCCAAAUACCCUCUCCUGGUGGGUGCUCAACACUGUCGGGGCCACGAUUACGUGCAUCUGCGGGGAAUUCCUUUGCAUGAAAGUCGAGAUGAAAGACAUUGCCAGGCACCUGGUUCCUGAGGUGGACUUAUAAUGGAUUAACAAUGAUGCACUUAAUGAUGCACCUAAUGAUUAAGGCCUCGAUGCUGUCAUAUCUUUGUCCUUAGACUACAUCGCCUGGAACAUAUGUUGAUUGAUACCAGCUCUUUUGUGCUCAUCUCAUUCAAGUAAAAAAAUAUGGCUAUGCGACAUAUCCAAGAAAGCUGAAUUGUAUCAUUUUGCAAUAAAGCGAACCUUGGGGACUCUUGGA